CGCUGCAGGAAUGUGGGCGGUUGGUGGCCACAGGCGGGUCCCACGGGGACGCGGAGCCCCAGCGCUCGCACUCCCGCCCUCGGCACCCAGGCGCCCGCACCAUGUUCCCGCUGCUCCUCCUGCUCGUGCCCGCGGCCCACGCCAUAGCCAAGCUGUCGUACAAGCCAGCUCUGACCCAGAACCCCCGGCUGGAGGGGACGACGACCGCCUCCACCUUCGUGCUGGACCAGCCCCGCUGCAUCUUCGGCAGUUACGACACCUCCGACAUCUGGCUGGUGGUGGCCCUGGACAAGGCCGCAUUCACCUUCAACAACACCGCGGCGCCGGGGACUAACGAGACCGCAUUCCAGCGCUUCCCUAAGUCCGUCUCUGCCUACAUGACCCUCAAUGCCACCCUGGCCAACUACCCCUGCCCCAAACCCGCCGAGGACAUCACGGUGCUGCGCGUCGGCAGCGAGACCAGCUGCGCCCGGGAUGAGACGAGACCCACCUGCAACGGCCCCCUGCCCGGCCCCGGGCCGUACCGGGUGAAGUUCCUCGCCCUACAGGGCUCUGAGCCCGUGGCUGAAACAGACUGGUCGGCGCCCAUCAUGCUGAGGACAGCCAAGCCAGCCAGCAGCAUCUCCACGACGGACAGCAGGCACAACGCCGGCAUGAUCGCCAUCACCACCAUCCUCUCCAUCCUCUUCGCCAUCCUCCUGGCCGGACUAGUGGCCAUGCUCGUCUUCUGCUCGGACUCGUGCGGCGACAGCAGCUCCUUCAGCAAGCCGGAGUCGGUGACGGUGCGGCGGUACAACACCCACCACGUCUAUGACCAGCCGGCCGCCCGGCUCUGAGCCCCCGCCGCCUCCCCGCCGCCCCCCGGCACCGCCGCCCCUCCCCACGCGCCCCCCGUUCGGGUGUAAAUGUGACCCCCCCGUUCCAUCCCUGUGGAUGGACCCCUGUGGAGCUGCCACCCGGGACGGGGGCAGUGGAUAGGGACAUUAAAGGCUUUUCCGCACGCUUUGUGCCCGGCC